CUAAGAUCGUUAUUUAUUUGCGAAAAUAACGCCAAACAAAUAUGGCGACUGAAGUGCAAAGCAGUGCUCCGGCUUCCACACCUGCUGAAGAUGAUGAGACAUGGCUGUAUGGUGAUGAGAACAAAGAGAAGGAUAAAGCUCAGGAAGCAACUGGUGAAAGCAAUGGCAAUGACACCAAAGAAAAUAAAAAGGACGACCGAGAGGCUGGAGAAUUGAGUGGUGAAGAAGAAUCCCAAGACAAAGGAAAUGAUGAUGAUGACGAUGACUCAGACGAUGAUGUACAGGUUACUAUCGGUGACAUCCAGGCCUUUCCAUUGGGAGAUGGCUCCAGAAAUCUAUUCAAGGCUCCAGGCUAUCAAAAAGCUGGCACAGGAACUGCUGGCAAAGGAGGCACGACUGCUGGGGCUCAGAAGGGGGUCGAUAUAGAGGCUGUUGGGUCUAUAAAUGGAAUCCCAGCAUAUGACUUUGACCUGGAAACUCUGCAGUCAGAUGAAAAACCUUGGAGAAAACCUGGUGCUGAUAUCACAGACUACUUUAAUUACGGUUUUAAUGAAGACACAUGGCAGCAGUAUUGUGAAAAGCAGAGACGACUAAGGGGUGAAAACCAGGGCUCCAGAACAUAUACACACAGUUCCUCAGGAAUAAAGAAAGAUAUAACAGAGACCCCACAGAAUGUCCCUGUUUUGUCGGGUAGAAAAGCCAUUGUGACCAUACCUAGAAAAACCUCGGGCACCAUUGAUGUGAUCGGUGGAACAGCUCGCGACUCACGGAGACCCGAGGGAGAACCCAUUCAAGUGGCAGGGAAAUACCAAAGUGCCAUUCCUUCCCACCCACCCCCUGGUAUGGACUUCAGUGUGCCACCCCCAGGAAUGCCCCCACCAGGGGUUCCUCCCCCUGGAAUGGCAGUGCCACCUGGAGUUCCUCCGCCCGGUAUCCCAGGAAUCCCUCCUCCCGGCUUUCCAGAUUUUGAUCCAUUCUUUCCUCCGCCUGGACAACCCUCAAGUACACGUUACGAUGACCGACCCCCCUUUAGUUACGACAAUCAGCAUACGUCCUACCCAACAUCUUACCCAGACCCACAUUCCUCCUCAUGGGACAGAACGGAGGCUUAUUGGAGAGAGUAUGUUGGAAGAGACAGAAGUCCAGCCAGAUCUGAGUCUGAGUUCAGCAGUUCGGGCAGCGAGCGUGAUUACAGAUACCGUGAUUCGUCUCGGAGUAGCCGUUACGACAGAGACAGGGAUUCUUAUAGAAGAGACAGAGAUACAGAGAGAUCUCGUGAUCGGGAUAGGGACAGAUCCAGAGAGCGAGAUAGGGAUCGGGACCGAGAUAGGGACAGACGACACAGAGAUGACAAACACAAGUCACGCAGAAAGGACAAAGAGGAUGAGUCUAGUAGGUCUAAGCACAAGAAAAGCAAGCGUUCCCGGCGGGACAAGGAUGAGGAUUCUGGGAACACAGGAUCUGAAUCCACCAGCAAAGUUGAUUAGAAAUUCAUUUUAUUCUCUUUUCCCAAUUAUUUCAACAUUGUCAUUAAAACUGCUCAUUGUCAUCACUAUGAA